CCUGGAGAUGAGAGAUAUCAGCUGUCAUGUGCAGGAGAUACAGCUGGGUGUCGUGUGCAUGUGGAUCAACACCUCGGGUAUAAAUGUUGGAGCAGACCUUCAGGAGCACCAGUGGUCGUCAACAUCCACAGUUGACUCCUUGACGAACAACAGACGUCAUGAAGUUGUUGGUGCCUCUCUCACUGUUGGCCCUCGCCCUCGCCGUCACAGCUGCUAACGAUGGCCUGAUGGUCUGUUAUUAUGGCUCUUGGGCCGUGUACAGACGGGGUAAUGGCAAGUUUGAUGUUGAGGCCAUUGAUCCUGCCAUUUGUACCCACCUCAUGUUUGGAUUUGCUGGUCUUGGCAGUGACAAUAAGAUCAAGGUACUGGACCCAUGGAAUGAGCUGUGUAAAGACUCUGGUAAGUGUGCCUACAACAGGUUCACCGCCCUUAAAGCGAGGAACACUAAUCUAGUCACCAUCUUGGCCGUCGGCGGCUGGAACGAGGGAUCCCCCAAGUACUCUACUAUGUCUAGCAGUGCUUCCACGAGGAAGAUCUUCGUCGACUCCUCUAUAGAGCUGUUGAAGGAGCACAAUUUCGAUGGUCUGGACAUGGACUGGGAGUACCCGACACAGCGUGGAGGCAAGCCAGAGGACAAGGUGAACUUCAUCAGCCUUCUGUCAGACCUCUCAACGGCGCUACACGCUAACAACAUGAUCCUGACGGCAGCUGUGUCAGCCGGUAAGCUCACCAUCGACCCGGCCUAUGAUAUCCCGGGUAUGGCUAAGCAUCUUGAUAUCGUCAACCUGAUGGCAUACGACCUGCAUGGUGCCUGGGACCCCUACACCCACCACCAGUCUGGCCUCUACCAGUACCCCGACGACACGGGAGAUAAUGUCUACCUCAACCAGGACUUUGCUGUGAGGUACUGGAUAGAUGGUGGAAUGCCAAGCACUAAGAUUGUAUUGGGUGUCCCUCUGUACGGUCGCUGCUGGAAGCUGGACUCUAACACAGAGGAGCAUGGCUACUAUGCCCCUGCUAGGAAUCCAGGACCUGCAGGACCCUACACCAGAACUCCCGGAUUUUUAGGAUACAACGAGAUCUGUGAGUUCCAGAAGAAAGAGAAUAACUGGGUGGUAGAGAUAGCACCAGGUAUGAAAGAGCCCUACACCUACAGCUACAGCCACAGUAGAAUCUGGUGCUCUUACGAUGACCAUGACUCCUGCGUCGAGAAGGCCAACUAUGCAAAGAGCAAGAACCUGGCCGGUAUGAUGGUCUGGAGUAUUGAGACGGACGACUUCCAUGGUAUAUGUGGUCGCCCCUUCGACCUUAUCAAGACUCUGAGGGAGACGUUUACUGGUGGUGACAUUCCUACACCACCCACACUACCCACCACUACCAUUGACCCAAGUGCACCCCCUACCACUGCUCCUCUUCCCCCUCCUGAUGACAAUUGUUCAAGACCUGGCAUCAAUGCUGACCCUGAGAACUGCCACCACUACUACCUCUGCACUGUGAGUGUUGACAACACAUAUAGUGCACAAGAGGAGCUGUGUGCUGCAGGCACACUUUUCAACCCCAAUGCCAGCAUCUGUGACUGGGAAGAUGCUGUGUGUGCUAUCGGCAGUGGCAUCUGCAAAAAUGACUGUCCUUGAACAUCUCGCCUCCAUCAUCAUACCAUCCUCAACAUGUCCUCUACAUAGCUUUACUGUUACACCUUGAACUGUGCUUGUGUAUGGGUACAACAAUGAAGUCCAUAUAUUUCCCUGCUCGGUGACUAACAUUUUACCAUAGACUGGAUGCAGGGGAGUGCCCAAUAAACUUACCUGAGUUCCUUCCAGGGGCAAAUCAGAAUCCAAUAAACUCAGCAACGUCAUACUUCUCUCAGGUAGUGUUUCAUGAGCACUGGUUAUCUCUGUUGAGAUGAUUUAUUUAUAUGUAUAUUAGGGAGUAAGGUAUUAUUUUCAAGUACUGCAUUGAAUAAACUCAUCUUUUGAA